AUGGUUAAAUUUAUUUCUUGUAUUCUUAUUUUUACAUUUUCAGAUGGUGAAUUGCUCGCAACUGGAGAUAAAGGAGGCAGAGUAGUUAUUUUUCAACGUGAUCAAAGUGGUGUUUAUCUAAACGGUGUAAGAACUAGUGAAUACAAUGUUUACUCAACAUUCCAAUCGCAUGAACCUGAAUUUGACUAUUUAAAGUCUUUAGAAAUUGAAGAAAAAAUAAAUCAAAUAAAAUGGAUGAAAAAGAAAAAUGCUGCAAAUUUUAUAAUUUCAACAAAUGAUAAAACAGUAAAACUAUGGAAAAUAUCAGAAAGAGAACGAAAAAUGGCGGAUGGUGGAUAUAAUCUGCGAUAUGAUGAUGGAACCCGAAGGCUCAUAAGUGGUUCACCGCUUCAAUUACCAAUGCUAGUCCCAAUGGAACUUAUUGUAGAAGCAUCACCUAGAAGGGUUUACGCAAAUGCACACACAUAUCAUAUAAACUCAAUCAGCAUCAAUUCAGACCAAGAAACAUUUAUUUCAGCUGAUGAUCUUCGAAUAAAUUUGUGGAAUCAUGAAAUAACAAAUCAGAGCUUUAAUAUUGUGGAUAUAAAACCAACAAAUAUGGAAGAAUUGACAGAGGUUAUAACAGCCGCUGAAUUUCAUCAACAACAUUGCCAUCUUUUUGCAUAUAGCUCUUCAAAGGGAAUUAUACGUCUUUGUGAUAUGCGGGACGGUGCUCUAUGUGAUGGGCCAGCAAAAAUAUUUGAAGAAAAAGAAGAUCCAGCAGCCCGUUCCUUCUUCUCUGAAAUAAUUUCCUCAAUAUCUGAUGUAAAAUUUUCUAGAAGUGGAAGAUAUUUGUUAACAAGAGAUUACCUCACAGUCAAUGUUUGGGAUUUAAAUAUGGAAAAUAGACCAGUCGAAACUUACCAUGUGCAUGAUUGUUUACGCUCAAAACUUUGUACACUUUACGAAAAUGAUUCGAUUUUUGAUAAAUUUGAAUGUAGUUGGAGUGGAGAUGACAGACACGUCAUUACCGGCUCUUACAACAACCACUUUCGCACUUUUAAGCGAAAUUCUCAUGUUGAAUCAACUUAUGAAGCUAGUCUAGAAUUGUGUAAACCUUUCAGACAACCACGAUUUGGCAAUUCAGACUUUAUCAGUUCAGGAGGUAAAAAAAGUGGAAAUUCAGCAAAGACAAUUCCGGGUAGAAAACGAAAAGAAGAAAUUAGUGCUGAUUAUUUGGAUUUUAAUAAAAAGAUUCUUCAUUGCGCCUGGCAUCCUUCAGCAGAUAUUAUAGCAUUAGCAGCAACAAAUAAUUUAUAUAUAUUUGAAGGAGUACAACCAUCAUAG